UCCUUUCCUUCUCGCACCAACAAGCUUCUUUUCAAUGGCCAAAGAGAGAGAGGUGAAAGAAGAAGCAGCUCCAAUCCAUGGAGACAUCUUAGAGACCAUACUAUCGCACGUGUCUCUCAUCGACCUCGCGCCUUCAUGUCACGUGUCCAAGACAUGGGAACGCGCCGUUUCAUCGUCUCUCCGACACUUGAACCCAACAAAGCCGUGGCUCCUUGUCCACACUCAGAGCACUCGGUCGCCGUACGCGACAACCAUCCAUGCCUAUGACCCACGCUCGAGCGAUUGGGUGGAGAUCCAGCAGCCGUCGAUCAAUCACGUCUCCACUCUCCGGUCGUCGCACUCGACCCUCCUCUACAUGCUGUCGCCGUUCAAGCUGGCCUUCUCCUUCGACCCGCUCCACCUGACCUGGCACCGGGAAGACGCUAUGCUCGUUUGGCGGCCCGACCCAAUUGUCGCGCUUGUUGGCCACCACGUAGUGGUCACGGGCGGCACGUGCGACUUCGGGGACGACCCGCUCGCGAUGGAGACCUACGACCUGAGGACCCGCACAUGGGACACGUGCAACUCGAUGCCAGCGAUUCUCAAGGAAUCGGCGGCUUCCACGUGGCUCUCGGUGGCCGUGGACGAGCACAGAAUGUACGUGAUGGAGAAAAGUUCCGGCGUGACGCACGUGUUCGAUCCCAGCACCAAGACCUGGCACGGACCGUUCGAUCUGCGGCCCGGUAAGCAAGUUUUCUCCUCCGUGAUCGGGUUCGUCAACGACCGGAUGGUUCUGGUGGGUCUAAUCGGAGACGCUGAGAAUGUCAAAGGCGUAAAAUUGUGGGAAGUGAAUGGUGAAAUGUCAGAGUUGAAGGAGAUGGGUGAGAUGCCGAAGGAGCUGGUGAAAAAGCUGAAGGGUGAGAGCCCUUGUGUGACGUCGAUUGGUAUGACUUCGAUGGGUGAUUUCGCGUAUUUGCACAACCCGUCGGACCCUGGGGAGUUGAUUUGGUGCGAGGUAUCCAACGGUGUGUGCAAGUGGGGGAGUGUACGUAAUGUGGUGGUGAACGAUGCGACUCGGAUGCAGAACUUAGUCUUCUCGUGUUCGAACGUAGGACUCGGAGAUGUGGAGGACUCACUCAGGUCUGGGCGUCGGAGAUUCGCCAUUAAAGACAUGGAGUAACUGUAUGGAGCACUAAGAGAUUCCUAAAGGGAUACGUGGCACCGGCCGAUUGGUGAACUGGAGUUUGCGCUUCCUGUUAUUAGCAUUUGGUAUUUGAUUCCUACACAACACCACCACAAUAAUUACAUAAUACUCCCUCACAUGAGAGUCACAUGAGAGUGGACCCCACAUACUGGGCUCCACACACUGAGCCACACCCAUGUUAGAAGGUGUUGUAUAAUUACUAUGGUGGUGUUGUAAAUCUAUCAUUUUCUUUAGCAUUUUUUUAUUUUUGUUGCUGGUUUUUUUUUUUUUUUUUUUAACCUUUUUAUUUGUUUAUUUAUUUAUUUUUACGUAUGCAUGUUAGUAGAAACUUAAAAUUUGUAAUAAGAGGUUGUGUGUAAUAAUUGGGUAUUCACCCAACUUUUCUAAAAAUAUGUUUGUGUU